AUGUCGUUCUACAUUCUACCGGAGAUGACAGCCACUCUGCCUGUCCAAAGGUUCUGUGAGCCCGGGCAGAUCGACAUCAUCAUCGGUGCCGAGUCUUUCUACGAUCUUCUCACCGAAGGACGAAGCAAGAUUAGCGAGGAGGGACCAACUCUGAAUACUGUCUUCGGUUGGAUUGUUUCAGGACGCAUUCCUGAUCAACCAGUGAGCCCAACGCAAUCAGUUUCGUUUUCGUGCACGCUAGCGGACAUCCAGGACCAGCUAGCACGAUUCUGGGAGUUGGAGUCCUGCAAGUCCAGUAGCAUCCAGUCGGUAGAAUCAACGUGCGAGACCAUCUUUGACGAGACAACAACUCGGGAUAGCAGUGGCAGAUUCAUGGUGUCGUUGCCGAAGAAGGAGUUCGUCAGGCAGCAGCUUGGUGAAUGUGAAACGAUUGCCACUAAACGUUUCUUAGCCUUGGAACGACGACUAGAAGCCAACCCCGAGCUGAAGACUCAGUACCAUCAGAUCAUCCGAGAAUAUGAGCAGCUUGGCCAUAUGAAACAGGUGGACAGCGAAGAUCCAGACUUUCCCAUCUACUUCCUUCCGCAUCACGCAGUGUUGAAACCAGACAGUACCACGACGAAGUUGCGGGUAGUAUUCGACGCAUCCUGCAAAACGUCCACAGGAGUUUCGUUAAACGAUGCCCUGAUGGUCGGACCCGUCGUUCAGGAUGACCUGCUGGCGAUUCAACUGCGUUUCCGUCUCCAUCGAAUAGCCAUCGUCGCAGACGUGGAGAAAAUGUAUCGGAUGAUCCUCGUCUAUCCGUUAGCUCAACGGCUCCAGUGCAUUCUGUGGAGGGAUACUCCGAAGGAACCUAUCCGCACGUAUCAGUUAGCUACAGUAACGUAUGGGACAGCGUGUGCUCCGUACUUGGCGACCAAGUCUCUGCAGCGGCUGGCAGAACUUGAGGCUGAGAGAUAUCCUGUAGCGGCGAAGGCAAUGAAGGAGGAUUACUAUGUCGACGAUAUGCUGAGUGGAGCCGAUUACCUUGAAGCCGCUACGCAGCUAACCAGCGAAAUGCUCGAGCUUGCUUCCUCCGGUGGUUUCACUUUGCGGAAAUGA